CACGCCACGCCACGCCACGCUGUUCCGCUACGCCACGCACGAUCCAGCCCCUUCGCUCGCUAUCCUAAGGUCCAGCCCCUGCCUGUCUCGACGAUCCACAGACGAGGAGGACUUUUGAAGGGGGAAGUUUGGGCAUGCAGGCGAUGAGUCGAUAGCCUUCCUUCAGCGAGCGCCGGCUCGCGAUGGAGGGCCGUGCGGACGUCACAUUGUCUGUCAAAUAGAUCGCAGCAGCAGGACGGAAACAUGAGUCGGCAGCAGGACUCCCAAGGAGUGGUCUUGACGGGUUACCACAGCAACGCCGAACUCCUGGCCCAGCCUGGCGCCUGUACGCCGCCGAGACCGGGGCUCGACCCGCAGGCCACCAGCACGGGCCACUCCGGCGUCCGGCAGAAUCCGGCCGCGCUUCCCGGGGACCGGCCCAGCGGCGAGAGCCAGCGGCACCCCGUCUGCUCCCAUCCCAAGAGCGGGCUGCCGCCGCCGCCGUGUCAGCGCUGCGACUCCCAGGACUCCCUGGACGAGCUGGAGAUGGAUGACUACUGGAAGGAGGUGGAGAACAUCAGCGGCUCUCUGGAGAAGGAGGCGGCCGAAGAGGAGCUGCAGAAACCCCCCGACGAGGGCGAGCGGGACGAAGCGUGGCUCGCGGAGGCGGGACUCGAGCGACUCUUUGACGGCGAGCAGGAAGAAGACAGCGCGGCUUUUCUGUCCACGCUGACCCGAGCUCAAGCGGCGGCGGUGGAGCGGCGCCUGACCACGCUACACCAGACGCUGCGGCGGCGCAACCGGCAGCACCUGCCCGACGUGCGGGACAUAUUUCCGCUGCCCGUAGAGGACAAAGCGCCACGUCAGGUCCAAGUGGGAAGCGAGAGCGCAACGAGUGAGGAGGCCAGUUCGGCCGAAGCGGAGACGGUCAUGAACGUGGACGUGGCGUUCUCGGAGCAGGCGCUGACUUACAGGGAGAAGUGCGCGGGGCUGGCGGCUCGGGCGGCUCGGGCAGGGGGGCCCGGCUCUCCGGACGAUAAGUUGCCGAACUUCAGGCUGCUCAAAGAUAAAACCGGUCAGACCAGAGUUGGACAUCUGUCCCCGCCGGACAUGAAGAAGGUACGGAGGCUGGCGCUGGUGGAGAUGACGGCCCUUUUCGACACGGGCGGCGUCGAUCUGAAAGCGCACAAGGCUGUCAAAGUCAAGGCAAAAGAAAGCGGUUUGUUUGGGGUCCCCCUCGUCACUUUACUGGAUCAGGACCGGCGGAGAGCAGCCGGGACCAAAGUGCCUUUCAUCCUGCAGAGGCUCAUCAGCCAUAUCCAGGAGGAAGGCUUAGACACGGAGGGCCUGCUCAGGAUCCCCGGCGCCGCCGCAAGAGUCAAGUCCCUGCGGCGGGAGCUGGAGUGCCGCUUCUACGACGGCACGUUCCCGUGGCAACAGCUGAAGCAGCACGACGCCGCCAGCCUCCUCAAGUUGUUCAUCAGAGAGCUGCCGCACCCGCUGCUCACCGUCCAGUACCUCCAAGCCUUCAUUGCCGUCAACGAGCUGCCCACAAAGAAGCAACAGCUGCAAGCCUUGAACCUGCUGGUCCUCUUGCUCCCCGAAGCCAAUCGAGACAGUUUGAAGGCUCUGGUGGAGUUCUUCCAGCGCGUGGUCGAGCACCAGGCCGAGAACAAAAUGAGCCUGAACAACGUCUCGGUCGUUAUGGCGCCCAACAUCUUCAUGUUCAAGGGCUGUUCCUCAAAGGUCACAGAGCAGCAGCAUCAGUUCUCCGUGGCGACCGGCACCGCCAACAUUGUGCGCCUGCUCAUUAGAUACCAGAACCUCCUGUGGACCAUCCCCAAGUUCAUCCUGACACAGGUCCGACAGCAAAACACAGAGAGCCAGCGCAAGCAGAACAAAGAGCGAGCCGUGCGAAAGCUGCUGAAGAAGAUCACCACAGACAAAGCGCCCGACAGGGCCGCUCCGGAGCAGGAGAGCUCGCAGGGGUUCAUCCGCAUUCAGGCGCCGCAGUUCAGCAAAGUAUCCAUGGCCCUGCAGCUGACCGAAGACCUGCAGGCAGCCCACGUGCUGGCGCGCUUUCUCAGCCAGGACAGUGACGUGGCGGUCGCGGGAGAGGACUUGUGUCUUUUUGAGAUAGGCGGAAACAUCGAGGAGAGGUGCCUGGACGCAGAAGCAUUCAUGAUGGACCUGUACCAGCUCAACCCUACGGCCGAGUGGGUCAUCAAAACGGCCCGGUGAGCGCAAUCUGCGCAAACGACCGCUAGAGGCCUUUGAAGCACUCCGAGUGCUCGUCCUGAAUAAGGUGACGAUUUGAAAGAUGAAACUGGUGGGAGGCUAUGACCUGCACGAGCACCUCGGCAGUGAGCUUCAGAAAAACAAAGCUUCUACCAAUGAUCGAGUCCACAAAUAUGUCAUCCCGCGCCCUGUGUUUGUCUUCCUCGUCACGCCACCGCCGCCAUCAGACUGGCCGUGUCGCUGUGCUAUUUACGUUUGUUUGGAUUGUGUGCAGUUUUCACAGCAUUCCCCUUUUCAGAUCUGUGGUUUGUCCUAAGCUUUGUAUUUUUUGGGGGUUUACUGUGAUUGAUUGAUCUAUUUCUUUUUUAUGUACUUUCUUUUCAAAGGACCACUACUGCAUGUAAAUAAAGUGAUAGUUGUUAAAGACU